AUGGAGUGCGACGACGACGGCAAGUCUGCGAUCGACAAUGUGUCUCGAGCGAGAAGCAUCUACGUACAGCAGGCACUGCAAAACCAGAGAGUUCUGACCGGCGAUAUCCGCAAGGGUAAACACGAGGGUGCUUCCGAGCUUCGCCGAGAACUUGUUCAGCAAUUUUUAAAAGAUAUUGUUGUUGGAAGACAGUGUGCUCGCUGCAAAGGCAUUUCGCCUAGCUACCGAAAAGACCGCUUUGUUAAAAUAUUUGAAAAACCACUGAACUCCAAGGAGCAGGCAAAGAUGGCGGCAGGACAAUUUAAGGCUCGCGAUGCCCUGACGCUUCGGCCAAAGAGCCAGCGGUCUAACGAUACCACCGUUUCUGACGAAGGUAUUGCCGACAUCAGUCUCGAUUCUGGUAGCGAGGAUGGGAGCGACGUGCACGCGGAUACAUUGGAUGAAUAUGGCAACGUUGUUCACAAACCGUUUACAAUCAAGCCGACAUCUCCACAGCUCCAGCAACGCUACAUUAGCACCCAGGAGGUCCUUGAGCGGCUACGUCUUCUCUUCGCCAACGAACAGGACGUUCUGCAACUCAUCUACAACUCCAGGCCCCAUGGUCGUCACGCGCAGUCAACACCGGAUAUGUUUUUCAUUCAAGCCCUGCUCGUCCCCCCGAACAAGUAUCGGCCAGAGGCGCGCACCGGCGAUGCACAAGUAACCGAAGCCCAGCAAAAUUCCCUUUACAAAGCGAUCCUUGGAGCAUCUUUUCGCGUGGCUGAGAUCCACCGCGAGAUAUCUGACGCAGCAACAAAGACCCCAGAAUUCUGUUAA